AUGUUUGAUCGUGCACAUAGUUCUAGACAAGAUUCUUUCACGAAAGUAGCUUUAAACAAAACAGCAGCAAAAAUAUGUCUUGCAGACAUUAUUUAUAUUGUAGAAAAACACAUAAAAGAAAUUACAACUCACGAAAAAUACCCAUCUUGGAAGAUACAAUUGUUCCCCGUCAAUAAUCAGCAGCUAGAUGAUUCUUCGAAAUUUUUCCGUAAAUGGGAAGAAUAUGAAAACAAAAAUUUAAAAAAAUAUUAUUUUGAUAUUGCCUCACUAUCAACACGCAAACUCCAAUCAUUUAAUGCAAAAAUAAAACCUCAAAUUAUAAUAGAAUUAAUUAACUUUAUAUCUCAUCUUAUGGACCAAUCACAGUAUUGUACUAUGAGAGUCAUAGUUAAUGCCUUCAAGCCUGUAGACAAAAUCGGAUGCAUUGCAUGGAUGCUUAAUCUGCCCUCAGAGAAUAUACUUAAGGAGACAUUGGGAUCUACGAAAAGUUACACAACAAUAUCUCCUAAAUCAAUCCAACCUGCGAACGCUGUCUACCCAACACAUUCCAACAGUGUAGUAAAUAUUUCUAAUAUGGAAACAGGAAAUACAGUAUCCGGGCUACCUCCUAAUAGUGCCGCAACAACAACCCGAUCUUCCAAAAAUUAUAUGAUAUCCACGGAACAAAGUACGCAAAUUACUGCAAAUUUCCAAAUAGCUCCGCUGAACACGAGGUACUUUUUACAAAAAGUAGAUGACAUGAAAAAUAGAAAAAGAAAAGCAGAAGACGAGCUUACUAAUAUGAAUGGUAAACAAAGACAAUUAUCGGAGGAAUUGAAAGCUUUAAAACUUAAGGAAGAAAAGCUAAAAAGCGAAAUAACAACUAUAAAUAAUGAAAUCAAUGCUUUUAAGUCUGAAACAGAUGUUGCAGUAAAUCAAAUAACUAAAAAAAUUCGAGAAUUAUAA